UUUCAUGAACAGGAAGUGGCCACAAGGCUUGGUAUCGAUAUGAGAGCACCAUCUACACUUUGGAAAGAUCGUGCUGUGGUGGAAGUCAAUUAUGCGGUGAUUUAUAGUUUUCAGAAAGCAAAUGUUACAAUAGUUGAUCAUCACACUGCUUCAGAAUCUUUUAUGAAGCACUGGGAGAAUGAGAUGAGGCUAAGAGGUGGCUGUCCAGCGGAUUGGGUCUGGAUCGUUCCUCCUUUAAGCGGUAGCUUAACACCGGUAUUCCAUCAGGAAUUACUGUACUACAAUCUCAAACCCAGCUAUGAGUACCAGGACCCACCUUGGAAAACCCACGUAUGGGAGAAGAAUCGCGAAACCUCUGGAAAUGGACCACGAACUCCUUCUAAGAAAUUUCGCUUCAAGGAAAUAGCGCGUGCUGUAAAGUUCACUUCCAAUUUGUUUGGAAUGGCACUGUCUAGGAGGAUCAAAGCAACUAUUCUUUUUGCAACUGAAACUGGUAGAUCAGAACAGUACGCAAAAAUGCUGGGAGAUAUAUUUUCGCAUGCCUAUAAUGCUAGUGUGAUAUGUAUGGCCGACUAUGAUAUAAUCAACCUGGAACAUGAGACUUUAUUACUAGUAGUCACAAGUACAUUUGGAAAUGGUGAUCCACCUGAAAAUGGAGAAGCAUUCGCAAGGAGUCUACAAGCAAUCAAAGUUACAGGAGAAACAACACCGGAUGCCGAGUAUAUAAGCAGCACGUGUAUGCCUUUCGUCAGAAUGAACAGUAUGCCUAUUGAAUACCAGGAAGAUGAAACUACUAACUUCACACCAACUGCUGAACUGGAUGAUAACAUAGGCCCUUUGAGCAAUGUCAGAUUCGCAGUCUUUGCACUUGGCUCCAGCGCUUAUCCUAACUUUUGUUCUUUCGGCCGAUACGUGGAUAAUAUGCUUGGAGAGCUUGGCGGAGAAAGAAUGGUCAAAAUGGGCACAGGAGACGAACUCUGUGGCCAGGAACACUCUUUUAGUCAAUGGGCUCAAGAGGUAUUUCAGGUAGCCUGCGAUGUAUUUUACAUAGGAGAUGAUAUUAAUAUAACCGAUGUUAAAGCUUCUUUCCAUUCGGAUACAUCCUGGAGUCCAGAAAAAGUCCGACUGGUGGAUGUCAAAGAAUCAGAAGAUAUAUGCGCAGGGGUAUCCAAAGGAACGAACAGACAGGUUGUUCCCUGUAUAUUAAAAGAAAGGACAGUACUUCAGUCAGAAGAAGAUAGUCGACAGACACUCUUCAUCGUGAUAUCCACUCAGGAGAAUUCUACUUUGAAAUAUUAUCCGGGAGAUCAUAUUGGCAUCUAUCCGGCCAACAGGAAGGAGAUAGUGGAUGGGAUCCUUGCUCGAAUGGGUUCUACGUGUCCAGAUCCAGAUAAACCUUUCCAACUAGAAAUCCGAAAAACAGUUCAAAGUUUAGAAGGACCAAGCCAUCGAUGGUACCCACAUGAAAGAAUUCCUGCUUUGACGAUGAGAUUAGCCUUAACGAGAUAUUUGGAUAUCACCACACCUCCCGGUCAACAGUUUUUGAGGAUAUUGGCAACUAUGGCCAAAGAAGAAGGAGACAAACGAAAAAUUCAGCUCCUAGCUACGGAUUCCGUCCGUUACGAAGACUGGAAAUCGCAGACGUACCCGAACCUUCUCGAAGUCUUGGAGAAUUUUCCCUCCGUUAUUCCAACUCCUGGCUUCCUCCUAACGCACCUGACUCCUCUGCAGCCACGGUUCUACAGCAUUAGUUCAGCACCUGAUUUCCAUCCUGGGCAUAUCCAUCUUACUGUGGCUGUAGUCAUUUACAAAACGCAAAGCAGUGCGCUCCAUUAUGGUGUUUGCUCAAAUUAUCUUGCUUCCCUACCCCUUGGUUCUGAAAUAGCUUGCUUCGUGCGUAGCGCUCCGAAUUUCCGCUUACCAGACAACUCUCGAGUACCCAUUAUCAUGGUCGGACCUGGCACGGGCAUAGCGCCUUUCAGAAGUUUCUGGCAGCAAAGAUGGUUACACGUGAAAGCAGCACGAAAAGACAAAGAAACAAAAAAGCAGUUUGGCAAUAUGACGUUAUUGUUUGGCUGUCGUCAUCAGAAUGUUGAGUUGUACAGAGAAGAAACUCAAAAAAUGAAGGAGUUGGGAGUUCUGACACAUGUUCAUACUGCCUAUUCACGGGUCCCUGGUAAACCAAAAUGUUAUGUACAGCACAUCCUUCGAGAUAUUGCAGAUACCGUUUAUAAUGAACUUGUUCACGAUAAAGGUCAUUUUUAUGUAUGUGGUGAUGUGAGUAUGGCUGAGGAUGUUAACCAAACGUUACGCAUGAUAAUACAAGAAAAAGGCCAGAUGAACACCCUAGCAGUUGAUAAUGUUAUCAAAAGGUUGCAGGAAGAAAAUCGUUACCAUGAAGAUAUUUUUGGAAUAACUCUCAAGACAGCAGAAGUUACCAACAGAGGACGAGCUGAAGCUAAAAGUAGAAAGAGCACCUCUUCAAGCUGAAAUAUUAUGGUAGCAUUUUUAAAUAUAUGGUUUCUAUAUGCAAAUAUGAACACUAUGAAAAUCCUGUGCAAAGUUCACAUCCUUUUCAUCAAUUAUUACAUAAACUAAUAUAAGUUUUCAGUUUUUAUAUGUAAGUACCAUAUUCAUUGAUCUCAACAAAAUAUUGAUGGAUUUCUAAAUAUUAUUCUAAUUAUGUGCUAUCAUAGCCAAAAUGCUCUUAAUAGUUACAUAAGAAAGGAAAAAAAGUUUAAAUAAACUGUAUGUAAAAAUUAAUAAUUGAAAACUAAAUAUUUCCUAACUAUUAAGUAAAUAACUUGAAUACUGUUUUAAAUCUGUAGUCCUAAUUUAGGAAUUUCAAAUGGCUUCACAUAUAUUUAUCUGUGCCUAGAAUGCAAGCCUUUAUAAGAUCUUGUCUUCUAUGAUAAUCAAUUCAUACAUAUCAAAAGAAUUCAUUUUAUGCUAAUAAUGACAACAAUGUCACCAUUUAGAAAAGGUAAAAAAGUUUUGUAUUUAAUAUUAUAUUUUCCUUUUUCCAAUAUGUAAAUUUGGCCAAUUUCAAAUAAAAAGUAUAUUUACUUUAA